AUGGCUGUCCUCACUCAAUAUGACUGGAUCCUCGCGAUCAUCUCUAUCGCUUUCUGCUGCUCCUCCUUCGGUAACGGAGCCAACGAUGUCGCCAAUUCCUACGCCACCUCCGUCGCCGCGAGGACCCUCACCAUGCUUCAAGUCGGUUUCCUCUCCAUGAUCACCGAGUUCGUCGGUGCCGUUGCCUUGGGUUCUCGAGUCACCAAGACCAUCAAGAGCGGUAUCAUCGACAUCAACCGAUUCAAGCCUCGGCCCGGCACUAUGAUGCUUGCCAUGGGUUGCGCCGAAGUUGGCUCUGCUUCCUGGUUGCUGGUCGCCACCAGACUCGGUUUCCCCGUCUCGACCACCCAGACCGUUGUCGGUGCCCUCAUCGGCGCUGGUAUCGCCUCCCAGGCCAGCGUCAAAUGGUCCUGGGAGAGCGGCAGUGUUUCCCAGAUCGCUGCUUCCUGGGCCAUUGCUCCUGGCAUUGCCGCUGUGUUCUCUGCCCUCAUCUUCGCGACUGUCAAGUACUCGGUCCUCGAAAGACGUGACCCGUUAAAAUGGGCCAUGCGGCUGAUCCCCUUCUACCUCUCCAUCACCGCCGCCAUCCUCGCCCUUUUCAUCAUCGUCGAACUGCCGGGCGGCCAGUCCUAUGAGGAGUUUGGCGUCGGCAAGAUGUGUGGUAUUGUCCUCGGCGUCUUCUUCGGUUUCCUCGCCAUCGCCUAUACAUUCUUCCUCCCCUACUUCCACCGCCGCCUCAUCGUUGGAGACUCCCGUGUCAAGUUCUACCAUGUCCCGCUUGGACCGACUCUCUGGCGCGAUGACCCUUGGCUCUACUUCCCUGGCCCGGCAGACGGUGAGGUCGUCAUUGACUAUUACAGGAGCGCCCACACCACUUCUCCCGGCACCAACAAUAAAGACAUCAGCAACAACAACAAAUCUUCCGAUCCAGAUGCCAUCAAACCCACAACCUCCGACGAUAAGGGCUCCGAGUCUCCUGACCCAUCUGCCAUUGAGAAAGGCCCCGAGCAUUACAGCGCUGGUCUCGAAAGCAAGCAAUUCCUCGAGCCUGAGGAGCGCUGGCUCGCCCCGACACGACAUCUCCCCGUGUAUAGCCCCACGCGCCUCUGGUCUUGGGUCAAAUAUUUCUUCCUCCAGGGCAUCUCCCGUGACUGCGUCUCCCACUCUUCUGACCUCCUCGCCAGAACCCACGCAAGGGCCAAGCGCUACGAUAACAGAGUCGAGCAUCUCUGGACCUACGCCCAAGUUGCCAGUGCCAUGAUGAUGUCCAUCGCCCACGGCUCCAACGACGUUGCCAACGCUGUCGGCCCCUGGGUGGGUGCCUACGACACCUACAUCACUGGUGUUGUCUCGAAGGAAACCGACACGCCGAUAUGGAUCCUGGUUGUCGCCGGUUUCCUCCUCGGCGCCGGUUUCUGGUUCUUUGGCUAUCAUAUCAUCCGAGCCCUGGGCAACAAGAUCACCCAGAUGUCUCCUACUCGUGGUUUCUCUAUGGAGCUUGGCGCCGCCAUCACUGUCCUCAUGGCCUCACGUCUUGGUCUUCCCGUCAGUACCACCCAGUGUCUCACUGGCGCAACUAUGGGUACCGCCCUGAUGAACUACGAUCUUGGGGCCGUCAACUGGAGACAGCUAGCUUACAUUUUGUCCGGCUGGAUCAUGACUCUCCCGAUCGCUGGGUUGCUCUCUGGCCUAUUGAUGGUCAUGGCUCUCAAUACGCCUCACUUCUAG